GGUGACAGGUAGGCAUACACACUCUGCUGCCUUCCCUCCGUCAGCGCCUUCGUCAGUAGAUUCGUCUGCAUCGUUGUCACCAUUAUGAAGUUCCUCGUACUCUCUCUCCUCGCCCUGGUCGCUCUGGUCACCGCCCGCCCCGAGUCAACCAUGGAAAUUGAUCUGGACGACAUCCACCACGAUCAGGACGUGGAUUACGAUCACAACACCUUUACCGGACAGUACAGCUGGAUGUCUCCCGAGGGCGUGCAGUAUUUCGUGCAGUACGUGGCUGACGAGGACGGCUUCAGAAUCGUAGACACCAACGCCGUGCCUAUCAGUGCCGCUGGCGUGAGGGCUGACGGCAACCAGGGAGCCUUCGUGUCCUCUGAGGAGACAGAUGACUUCCACCACACUGUUUAGCCACGACCCACCCGCCCCAGCUCGGCCAAUGCCCCCGCCCCGCCCCGAGGUUUAUGAUGCUUAACGGAAUAACUGUGUACUAAAGAU